AUGUCGUCGUCAAAUUCUAGUGAUUUACCAACUGAAGAUAUUCUGGAAGCUUUUGGCAGUGAUCCAAAUCCUCAUCGAAGACAUCGAUUAAAAUAUAAAAAUGGAGAAUGUUUUGUGAAUGAAGAAGAGUUGGUUCAAAGUUAUCCGAAACAAAAUAGCUUGCGAUAUUCAGGAAAGUAAGUUGUUUUGAGAAAAAUUCAAUCUUUGACUCAUUUGUUAACAAAUUUGAAUCAACUUUUAGCGCUGGCCCUCUUCUUCAUGAAGCUGAAGCUGCCGAUUCAGCCUUAUUGUCAUUUGACGCAUAUGCCGAAGAAGAUGGUCUUGAUGAAGAGAUCCACAGAAUUCGGAUUUUUAAAAUCAAUUAUCAUUUAUGUGACGAUACAAUCACUGUGAAUGAACCAUUUGUCGACAACACUGGUUAUUUGCACGGUAGAAUUUUUCGUCGACAAAAAGUUCCAGCAAAUAAUCGAAUUGGGAAACCAUAUAUUCAUUGGAGUGAUUUGAAUGUUGGAAAUGAUGUGAACUUGUUUGAAACUAUUUAUAGAAUAACCUCGUGUGAUGCGUUUACCAGAGUCAGUUUUUCUGGUUAUUGAUUCAAAAAGAAACCUCUUUUGUUAUAGAAAUAUCUUGAAGAACAUGGUAUAAAAGUAAACGAGAAUGAAGAAUUACCAGAAGAUCCAUGGCUUGUGAGACGUCGAGGAAAUCCACGAACUGCUCCAAAACUACCAGAUCAACGAGAAUUCAUCAAUCGUCCAGCUAUGCUUGUUUAUCGCUGUUGUUGGUUAGAUCAUAUGAACGAUUUUCAUGGUUGUAGAAUGAAACGGAUUUUCAAGUAAAUUCUUAUUUUUUCUCAACAUUUCUGAAAAUAAUAAACACAAAUUCCAGGCUUUUUGUAUAUUGCGUUGAUCAUACUGUAGCAUUGAUUGAAGAAACAAAAGAGUAUGAAGGUCAAUUGUUUUUGAAAAGAAUUGAAUUGCCUUAUCCAAUCCAUCCUGGUUAGUUUUCUUUUACAUGAAGUUGAUUUGAAAAAAAUUGUUUAGAAAUGCCUCGUCGAAAUUAUCGGUGGUGGGAUAUUCGACCAGGUGUUUGGAUAGACGUUUUCUGUCGGCCAAUGUUUGUUUUCGAAUGUGCGACUGAAGAAACCAAGAAUUUUAUCCGACAACAAUUUGGUGAAACCGAUUUUGCACAUUACAGCAGCCAGGUUUUAUUUUAUUAUAAAAAAUCAUAAUAAAAGGGGUUGCAAAAUUUGAUGAUAGGAUCAGCAAGAUUUCAGUGUGAGAAACCAAAACAAAAGUUUGAGCUUUCUUAUGAUCUGUGUUAGGAAAUAUUGAAAUUUGAAAACUGGACUAAAUUUUGAAACAUUCUAAUAUCCUGCUUAUUUUUCAGUCGAUAUUAGAAUCAAAAUCUAUUCCGAAAAAGAACAUUUUUAUCUAGCAUUUCAUUUAUAUUUUUUGAGAUACUGGAAGAUGGACCGCCUGCAUCAAACUUUUUCAAUUCUCCAUCGAUUCUACGAUUCAGAUGUUCCAUGGUUGACGCGCCUUCAAUUCUUUAUGGUUUGCAUUUCAUCCUUUCUUAUGAUGUUAAUCGAAGAAUUGUGAAUAUUGUUGAAGAGGGAAGAAAAUCGUGGACCGGCGGAAGAGUUUUUCUAAAAGACGUGGAUGCUGCAACCUUCAGGUGACCUAUGAAAAUAUUCAAUCUAAUCUAAAUCGUUAUUUAUCUUAUUUUCAGUGAGAAUCAAUUUGCUCCUGGUAGAAUUUUGCAAUUCUUCAAAUGGCGCUUCAAUUUGAUCCAAUGCGAUCAAGAAACUGAAAAAUAUCUCAAAUGGAAAUCGACGCCUCAUAAUAAGUAG